GGCAAGGCCCGGGGUCUUUCUCAGCUGUAGCGGCGAGGCGCAAGGGACACGGAAGAAGGACGAGCCCUCGGCUGCUUCAACGCUAUGGCUAAGCCCCUGCGGCAGGAACGGGGCGAUGGCGUCAGUCAGCGUGGGAACGGCUGGGAUGGCGCUGAGCCGGACAAGCUGCAUCCAAGGAAUCUCAUCCCAGAGCUUUGCCGGCAGUUUUACCACUUAGGAUGGGUUACAGGGACUGGUGGCGGAAUCAGCAUAAAGCAUGGUAAUGAGAUCUACAUUGCUCCCUCUGGUGUCCAAAAGGAAAGAAUUCAGCCUGAAGAUAUGUUUGUGUGUGACACAGAAGAACGAGACAUCAGUGGGCCUCCGCCACACAAGAAGUUAAGGAAGAGUCAGUGUACUCCACUCUUCAUGAAUGCUUACACUAUGAGAGGAGCAGGGGCAGUGAUCCAUACUCACUCCAAAGCUGCUGUUAUGGCCACUCUUCUCUAUCCAGGAAGUGAGUUUCGGAUUACUCAUCAGGAGAUGAUAAAAGGAAUCAAGAAGUGCACCACUGGAGGAUAUUUCAGAUAUGAUGAUACCUUAGUUGUUCCCAUUGUUGAGAACACACCUGAAGAAAAGGACUUAAAGCAGAGAAUGGCAGAAGCAAUGAAUCAUUAUCCAGAAUCCUGUGCAGUAUUGGUCAGGCGUCAUGGAGUUUAUGUUUGGGGAGAAACUUGGGAAAAAGCCAAGACCAUGUGUGAGUGUUAUGACUACCUCUUUGAUAUUGCAGUACAAAUGAAGCAACAUGGCCUUGAUCCUGCUACAGUUCCUAAAGAAGAAAAUGGGAUUAUUUAAUAUUUUGACAUUUUGUUCCAAGAUACCCCUAAUGCAAUUUAUCAGGGGGCAUUUUAUUUCUCCACUGUUGCAAAAAAAAUCUUAGCAUUUUAUAAAAUAUAUUACUGUUUCAGAGCCACUUUGUGUCAUUUUACCCUGUUUGUUAAACCUUGAAGCCUUGUCAAAUCCACUUCCACCUCUGAACUGAGGGGCAUGGGAUCUAUCAUAUUCCACAGCACAACUGACAGAAAUUUUGCCUUGAGGCUUCCUUGUGAUUCAUAUUCUAGAAUAUUUUAGGCAGCACAGCUUUAUCAACAUAUGAAGAUCUUGUUCUUUUGGGGUUUUUUAAAAAUAAAAAACUGUAAUGUUUUAAGAACAGGUAGCCUGGUGCCUCCUAAAGAGGAUGUUCUAGUCAGCUUUAAACAAGAAAGUGUUGAAUGAAUGCCAUCGAUGAAAACAUGCCAAAACUUUUGGAAAGUGUCUCAGUAAUGAUCUCUUUACUGUCCUCUUUGGUUUAAUGUUCAAAUAAAUUGGUUAUUCUAAAAUUUAUGUCUAAAAUGUACAAUGCUCAUCACAAGAGAAUUUAUAUGUGUCUCAGGUAAAAUGUACAAGUAUUUGAGAGGGAAUGAAAAAUUGCAAUAAAAAUAGUCUAUGGAAAUAGAUGGCAUCUUUCAAUGGCCCCAUCUGGCCAAUGGGAAAAAAUUGUGAUUUUCUCUUGAUCCACAAAAGAGCUCUUCAUCAGUAUGAAAUGAUGAGGCUGGUCAUUACUUUCCUUUUUUUAAAAAAAAUAUUUUUUUAUUUAUUCAUGCAAAGAAAAAC